UACAAAUCAUACAUUAUAAUCCCUUUAAUAAACCAUUUUGUUUUUUGUUUUCUUAUAUAAAUAAUUACAGACACAAAAAAAAAAAACAUUUCCAUCAGCUUCUGUCUUCUCCAUUAUCUCUCUCUCCCAAAUCUGGCCAGAGAAAUAACAAAAAACCUUAUAAUAGAGAGAAGAGAAGGAUUCUGUUUCUUUUUUCUUGUUGUUGUUUUUGCUUAUGAUGGAUAAGAGCUGUAAUAACUCCUCCGCCGAUUCCACCGUCUCAGCCUCCGCUACGAGUAGCAGCACCGGUAACAAUAAAGACAAUCAUUACCUCAGACAACUCAACAAACUUUCUCACAAGAUAUCAAAACCAACCUCCUCCUCAAUCUCCGCCGCCGUGAAUCAAGAAACUGAUCAUCAACCACAAAUGAAUCAAAUGAAUCAGGGGAAUCUCCACCAGCACCAACCACCUGUCUACAACAUAAACAAAAACGACUUCAGAGACGUGGUCCAAAAACUAACAGGCUCCCCAGCUCACGAGCGGAUCUCAUCUCCACCUCAGCAACCGAUUCAUCACCCACCAAAGGCUCAACAACAGAGUUCGCGUCUACACAGGAUCCGUCCACCUCCCUUGGCGCACGUUAUCAACCGCCCUCCCACUCUGCUAAACAGCGCCGCCCCUCCGAAUAACUGGAACAACGGCAGCGGAGGAGGAGGAUUCGGAUUCGUGCCUAGACCUAACGCCCCGCUCUCUCCCCUCCCUCCGCUCCCUCCGGUCCACGCGGCGGCGGAGUCUCCGGUGUCGUCGUACAUGCGAUACCUUCAGAACUCGAUGAUGUUCGAUUCGAAUCGGAAGGAGUUCUCGCCGUUGGCUCCUCUUGUGUCGCCGCGUUGGUACCAGCAGCAGCAGGAGAACGCUCCGCCGCCGUUGAACAGUCGUCCUUCGGGGAUAGCGCCGGUGUCGGUUUCGGCGGCGACGCAGCAAUCGUUCGGGUGUUUGAGUUCGCCUAAGUCGCCGUACGGAUUGUUAUCGCCGAGUUUGCUUUUGUCGCCUACGUCGGGGCAGUUAGGGUUUCCGGUGUCGCCGACGACUGUGCCGCUUCCUAGCCCUAAAUAGAGAGGUUUGGUGAUUUAAAGAUAUGGAGAAACGGCGUCGUUUUGGUCGCGACGUGAAGAUGAUUCACUUUGUUCUUUUUUUAUUUUGUACAUCAUUAGUGGUGGAUGAAUUGUUUUCCUUUUAAAAAAAAAAAAACUUAAGUUACUUUCUUUUUUUACUUUCUUUUAUUCCCAUGUUUGUUCAUGUUAGAAACAACGAUUAGGAUAAAAAGAAAGGAAUACACUUUUGUUGAUCAUCUAUUCUCUCUAAGUAGAUCUAAUUGCAUACAACUGUUUUGUUUCUCUAUUUCAAAUUUGAUAAUGAGUGUUUUGAUUAGUU